AUGGCGGCAGCCGAGGAGCUCCGGGAGGAAGCGAUUUGCUCCAUUUGCCUGGAUUUCUUCUGCGCUCCGGUGAUGCUGGACUGCGGGCACAACUUCUGCCGAGCCUGCAUCUCCCUGUGCUGGGCCCGGGCCGCCACCCCCUCCUGCCCCCAGUGCCGGGAGACCUUCCCCGGCCGCGGCCUCCGGCCCAACCGGCCGCUGGGCAACAUCGCGGAGAGGCUGAAGGGGCUGGACCAGCCCGGGGGGGUAACUAGCACUUCGCCCCUGCGGCACUCGCACCCAUGGGAUACAGAGAGAUCAUGCAAAAAGAUAGUUAAGAAAGGAUUUAUUGAGAAGGAGCAAAUCCAGUUGCAACUGGAGAGCCUCAGGAGAGAGAAGGGAGAACUGGAGAAACGGGAAAGGAAGGAGCAAUGGAUCUGCCAGGACUAUCUGGAAAAAGUGAAGGCGGAGAGGCAGAAGAUUGUGCCUGAAUUUAAGCAGCUGCGACAGUACCUGGAGGAACAAGAGUGCCUGCUGCUGGCUCGGCUGGGAGAGCUGGAGAAGCAGAUUAAAUCAAGAUUGAAAGAAAAUGCUGAUAAAUUCUCCAAGAAGAUUAUUUAUCUGGAUGGCCUGAUCAAGGAGAAGGAGCGUCGGCUCUCAGGACACGAGUCCCUGCAGUGUGACUUGUACAACUCCAGGUGUGAGAGGGCAAAACUCCAGCAAAAGGAGCAGAUGAGUCACGAGCUGAAGAAGGGGCCCAUCAGCUGCUCAGAAACAGCUCCCACGCUAGAGGAGAUGGCAAGAAAACCCCAAGAUGCUUUGACAACUGACACAGGGGAGGGGAUGGAGGAAUCACAGGGACCAUACUCAAAAGUGAAUGUGACUCUGGAUCCAGACACAGCUCAGUCCCGGCUCGUCUUGUCAGAAGAUCAGAGAAGCGUGAUGCAGGGAGCCACACAGCAGAGCUGGCUUGACAACCCACAGCGAUUUGAUCCGUGGCCUUGUGUGCUGGGCUGCGAGGGGUUCAACUCGGGGCGACGAUGCUGGGAGGUGGAGGUGGGCUGUGGGUCAUGCUGGGCUGUGGGGGUGGCCCUGGAGUCUGUGAAGAGGAAGGGACCGAUUGACAUGAGCCCUGGGGGGGGGAUCUGGGCGGUGGGGCGAUAUAAGGAGAAGUUCCAGGCUCUCACUUCCCCAUCUCCCACCCCUGUCCUCCACAGCAUGGUCCCCCGGAGGGUGCGGGUCUGUCUGGACCAUGCAGGGGGGCGGGUGAUGUUUGUUAAUGUGGACACUGAGGCUGUGAUUUUCACUUUCCCGCAAGCCAUGUUUGUGGGGGAGCGAAUCCACCCCUGGUUCUGGGUGGGUAAGGGGUCCCAGCUCAAACUGUCCUGAGACCUGAGGAGGUGUGUCGCUCCAAGGAGGCUCUGCUGUGGCCACCCUGCCCCCCUGCAUCCCCAUCCGGCUAGUCCUUGGGGACUCCCAUCUGCUUAGAGAUCUUCUGCCAUCUCCAUCUACAAACCUUCUGCUGUGAGCCUCAGAGGCUGCUGGAGUCCUGUCUGCCUGCCCGCAGAGAGUAGGAAUUGCCUUGCUGGGAGCAGAGAUCUGUGGGCUUCCCCAACCUUGGCCCUACCACAGUAGGAGAGGCUUAGAACAGGGCUCUGGGUGAAGAAUGGCCGUUUCUGGGGACAUACUUUAUUUACAGGAGCCAUGAGGGGGAUUGGGGGACAUAGCAGUGGCAUUGGAGUGCCUAGUGAUGGUAUAUUUUUACUUGAGGAAAUAGGCAGAUGGGCAAGGAGGAUGAAACCUUGCUCAGCAGCCCACCUGGCCACUGGGUGAUGCUCUGUAGCCCCGAAGCCUGGGCAACCUCCAUGUAUUAGUUGCUGUGGUUGGCCUGGUUUGAUUCUUGUGUUAGCUCAAGAAAACACAAGCAAAUAUUCAUCUUGUUGGGAGGUGCUAGUAGGAUUUACUUCUUCAAAUAAUUUUGUGGGUGGAAUUAUAAUCACUGCUUUUUAACAAAUCAGUGUACCCGAUAGUUCUUCAAUGUUUGACUAUUCAAUUUGUUUCUCUGGUUGUGAUGAGGCUCUUGGAAAGAAAAUUUAGAGGUUUAGAUCUUCUCCAGCCAAAGAACUAAUACCAUGAAUUUGCUGAAGUUUAGGAAGAGGCUGUAGGAAUUGCUGGUUUGAGACUUGCUGUUUUGUAGAACUGCCAGGAUUUGUGGCAUUGCAUGGUAGAAGCGAAAAAUAUGAAUAACCAAAGUUAUAUAAAUAAUCAAAGUUCAAAUGCUGGUCAAACAAAUGUGAAACUAAAUCCCAUCACACAAGACCUUGCUGACAGAGAAGAAAGGCUUCAAACACGUUGGCUCCAUCUACUUCUGUUGAAAAAGCUGACCUGUGAAAGGGAGGUUGGGGGCUGGAGUGGAGGGGAGGGAUUCCGGUGAAGAGAAACAAUGCUACAAACACAAACUCUGCCUAGGAUGCUUAAUACGACCUCUGGAAAGGGGGACUGUGAAAAAGCAUCUGUGAAAGUCAUAGCUUGCUCAAGGGUGAAGCCCACCCCUUGGCCUUGCUCUGUGGCCAGAAGCCCAUGGUGACCUGCUGGGUUCGGCUGUGGUGCUGCUGCAGGGUUUGAUUCCAGCUCUUCCCAAACACGAACCCAGCUGCCUUCAUGCUCUGGCUGUGGGAUCUCGCCUUCCUCCCAGUGUGCUCGUGGAAAUGCAGAGCCAUGGCCCCGGCAAGGGUAAGCUCUCCCUCCUCCUGCGUGGGCACAAGGUCAGCUUUGGCACCAGGAGCUGAGGACAUGCUGGCAGCAAGGUGUGGGCAGCCACUUGGAGACCUUGUCCAUUCCUACCAGGAUUUGCCCUCUUCUGUGCUCUGUCAGGAGCAUGAGUUUGGGGAUUGACUCCUUGGAUGGUCCCCUGGAUUGCUUUGCUGGAUUGCUGGUCCCACAGAUGUGCAGAGCCCGGGUGCAACAGGAUGUCACCUGUCCCUGUACAGUGCCAGAGAGGUUGGUGAGCCCAUCCCCUAGUGCCAGGGCAGGAUAUCUGAGCCUGACCUGGUGCUGCAACUCCUUCCAGCUACUGGAGUAGACCAGGGAGACUAGUGCUGUUGCCUGUGCCCAGCUGCCACCACAAAGGUUACAACUGAGUUAGAAUCAUAGAAUAGAAUCAUUAAGGUUGCAAAAGACCUCUAAGAUCAUCGA